AGAGAUGGGGAGGGUGUGGGCGGACACAGCCGGUGACAAGAAGACUCGUUGGUUACGCCCCACAACAACAGAGGAGCUGCCAACCUGGCAGCUAGACAGACCGGGGGCUGGGGAGCUCCCUUCUUGCAGCUCUACUAACCUGGAGGUCCGCAACUUUGCAAACCAGGUCGUGUUCCCCGCCGGGGGCCAUUGAAUGGGUAGAGGUUACCGGGACAGGCAGCCGGGUAGCCCAUGCCCCUGAAUAGGAGUCUGAAGAUAGCUGCUGGAGACAGGCUGGGAAGGGUGGCACAUGUUUAGAUGUGGUAAAUCAUAACCGGUGACUCGAGGCUGAUGAGCGAUCAGUGCAUCCUACAGCAUCUUUCUUUUGUCAGUGAAAAGAAGAUGGGUCAAGGAACAGAACAUCGGGGAGAUGAAUUCAUUGAGUAUGUUGCCUGUGAUAAAGCAAAGAAAGAUUACCAGGUUUUGUCCAGGAACAAUUUGAAUCGUACGAAAAGCUUAGUCAUUAUCCUGUUCUUCUUGCUUGUUGUGAUUGUCUUGGGAAUUCUUCUGGCAGUCACAGCUUCAAAACUGUCUUCAGUUUCUGAGGAGAUCCUCACUUAUGCCUCCUGCCCUGAUGGAUGGAUUGGAUACCUGGGGAAAUGCUACUACUUCUCUGAAGAAGAAGCAGACUGGCUUUCUAGCCGUCAAAACUGUGCCUCGCUGGGAGCCGCCCUCUCAUUUGUUGAAACAGAUAAAGAAAUGGCUAGUGAGAUGGGACAGUAA